GCGCCGAGGGCGGAGAUGGGGGUCCAAGAGGGCUGAGAGUGGGGAUCCGGGGAAGCUCAGAUGGGAGUCCGAGGAAGCUAAAAUUGUGGGGUUCUAGAAGACAGAGUCGGGGGAACCAAGGGGUUCAGGGAGGGAAGGUGUGAGAGGGGUCAGGCUCAGGGUCAAAGGUCCAAGGGGGCUGCAGGAAAGGGGCGCUCGGGAAGAGAAGUCUGAGGGGAGUCUAGAGUGGGGAGGAUACAAGGAGACUGAAAAUGGAUGUGUCUGAGGAAGCUUAGAUUGGGGGCACAAGCGUGCUCAGAAUGGGGCGUCUGAAAAGGCUUGAGGCGGGAGGAGGGUCUAUGAGGACCUCGAAUAUUGUUAGAGAGCCGGGCUCGGGAUUGCAGGUCUGAAGUUUUUAGGAUGAGGUCUCAAAUCAAGGUGUUUAAAGGGGGUCUGGGGUGCAGCCCUGGGGGAUGUGUGUGGAGCUCUUAAGAAGGGCUCCCAGUGGAGUCUGAGGUUGUUCUCUGUAGAGGCUUGAGAGGGCAGACAUGCGUAGUUUGAUGGGUAUUUGGUGGAUGGAGUCUGAGGGGAGUACUGUGGGUGCUCAUUGUGUCUGGGCAGGGAGCCUAGGGGUGCAUUGUGUGGCUUUUGAGAUACUGAGGACAUCUAGGUUUUCGAAACCAAGAAUGACCGGGUACACGGACUUGAUGUCAAUGGAGGAUCAGGACGCCAGGGUUCCAGCUCUGGAACCAUUCAGGGUGGAGCAGGCACCACCUGUAAUCUACUAUGUCCCUGACUUCAUCUCCAAGGAAGAGGAGGAGUAUUUGCUUCGACAGGUCUUCAAUGCCCCAAAACCAAAGUGGACCCAGCUCACCGGGAGGAAGUUACAGAACUGGGCACCCCAUUUCCCUCCCCCAGGUGGGCUCCCCCAUCCCCGGGGGAUGGUUCCUGAGCGGCUGCCACCGUGGCUCCAGCGUUACGUGGACAAAGUGUCUGACCUCAGCCUUUUUGGGGGUCUCCCAGCCAACCACGUCCUUGUGAACCAGUAUCUGCCUGGGGAGGGCAUCAUGCCCCACGAGGAUGGGCCACUGUACUACCCGACUGUCAGCACCAUCAGCUUGGGCUCCCACACCAUGCUGGACCUCUACGAGCCUCGGCAGCCAGAGGAUGAUGACCCUACAGAGCAGCCCCGGCCCCCGCCCCGGCCGGCCACCUCGCUGUUGCUUGAACCGCGCAGCCUGCUGGUGCUCCGUGGCACCGCCUACACGCGCCUCCUCCACGGCAUCGCAGCCGCCAGCGUAGACGCGCUCGACGCCGCCUCCCUGCCGCGCAACGCAGCCGCCUGCCCCUCGGCGCAGGCUGGAGCCCGCCUGAUCCGCGGCACCCGCGUCUCGCUGACCAUCCGCCGCGUACCCCGCGUGCUGCGCGCUGGCCUCCUGCUCAGCAAGUGACGCCAGGACCCAGCACCCGCUCGGAUGCCCGAGCUCUCGCCUGCUGUGGACUGCUGGCGCCCUGUGGGCAGAGGCGGUUCCCCCCGGGUUAUUUUCCCAGUACCUGUGAGGGAACCACAGGAAAAGGCCCCAUUCCAAAUAAACCACCAACAAAACAA